AUGCGGAUUGCUGGGGGCGGUCAUCCUUUUUUUGUUUUUAAGGACGUAAUAGAGAACCAGCUAGUACGGCAACAUAGCGAAAUCAUCGAAGAAGGGGAGGAUGACAGCAACAAUAACAGUACAUCGGUAAAAAACAAAAAGCUAUCAUCUCGCACAUCAACAUCUGAGUCAGCGCACACUUAUCUGAUCUCACCGGAACAAAAAACUGAACCAUCACCGAAACUAAGAAAUGAUCCACCGCCGAAACCAAAAUCUCAUCCAUCACCAAAACCCCCUACUCCUGCACCUCGAUCACUAUCAACUGCUCAACCGGAGGAAAAAAAAGUAAAGAGCUCAUCUCAAGACCAGGCACCAUCAACGUGCAUCACUGGCAAGACCCAAUAUGAAGCUUGGCUGCAAAGGAAAAAGAGUGAAGAAAGGAGGCGUAAGACUAAACAACAAGAGGAAGCAGCCAAAAAAGAAGCGGAGGAGAAGGAGCGGAAGGAAAAUGCUAAAAAGCUGUUCGAGCGAUGGAAACAUGAGCAUGACGAGAAGGAGCGCGCACUACGACAACAGAAAAAAGCUAAAGAAAAGGAAAAACAUAAAACUGAAGAGGCAUCGAAAAAAGAAAGGAUGAAAGAAGCUGAGAAGUCUUUCGAAGCUUGGAAGCGAUCGCAUUCAAGACCUCGCACUUCUUCGUCUAAUAAUGAGGCAGAAAAACAGCGACAGAAGGAGGAAGCUAAAAAUGAAGCUGAGAAAGCAUUUGAAGCGUGGAAGAAGAGCAAAGAUAUGGCUAAACUCGCUCGAAAACGUGUAUUAGCUGAGAAGGAAGAAAAGGAAAGAAAGCAACUUGAAGAAGAACGAGAAUAUAAAGAGCUAUUAGCGCAACAAACCUAUGAAACGUGGUUGGAGAUUAAGGAAAACGAACGACUUCUCGCCCAAAGCAUGAAUUCGCUUAAUGUUGGUGAACCAUCGUUACUUCCAUGGCUUCCGCCAAGCAAUACGUGUCCACGACAAUUUAGACCGCCUCCGAAACAUAGGAGACGUUCCCUUGACCGCCGUCAAAGAGCAACAUCAGCGCAGGCCGCUCGACUGAAUAGAGAAGGCUCAGUCAUUACUCUGUUCGUUCCCUCACCUAGUGGGCAACAAUUCUACCUUGUUUUGAUUGUUUUGAUUAUGUGGGCCAUUCAUGUGUUCAUCGCGUCUAUUCCUCUUAUUACGGCCUUGACUUUCAGCAACGGAACAGAUUUUUUCCACGAGGAACUGUGGGAUAAUCAGUGGUUGGAGCUAAACGGAAUGAUGAGAUACAAAUGCUUGCCAAGGUCGACAGAUCUAACAAGAAUAUGGUACUUUGAAGAGCGAUAUGUAAGUAUAUUGCUCCUCUCAUGA